UUUUUUUAGGUCACAAAUUGUUGCAUUAAAUACAAAGUAAUUAAAGUACCGCGCAAACUUUGAUUUUAUGCAGAAAUGUGUGAACACUACUGUGACGAUUUGGAUACUUUUAAUCCAGAAAAAGAAUACCAAAAAUUUUUGAAACGUAAACCCAUCAUACAAACGGCUAAGUUGUAUGAGCAGCUGCACACGCGUGAGAAGAUCAAGUGCCCUUACAACUUUAAAGGCUAUGGCGUUGAGACAGACAAGAACACCAUGUAUCGCACUUGCAAUUCAGAGUAUGGUUACUACGCACCCAAUGCCUACACAAUACCUACGCGUUACUUUCCACUCUCCCAGAAAUUCUCCAAUGAACUUCAACGUUGCGGCAUGUACCGCAAUUUCUCGCUCAACACUCUAAUGGAUCGCUCCUAUUUCUGAGCGCACAUGAAGGUUGUAUAGCUUUUUGGUUUCUGAAAUUCCAAGGAUGUGCGUAGGA